CCACAAUGCAUGGCGGCAGGUCUGGGGAAAGUACGGAACUGUCACAAAAUACUUUCAUUUUCUGUUUUAAUGCUGAGUAACUGCGUCCAUUUCUCAGUGUCGAGUUACAGAGUCUUACGCUCUUCUUUCUUCUGCUCCUGCAUCAUUUUAUUACCGUUAAACUUAUUAAAUAAGUUUGUUUUUGACCAGCAGAGUCGACAUGGCGUCUUUGGGGAUUGGCUUCGAAUCGAAGAAGCAGGUGGAUGACUUCUGCCAGAAGCUCUCCAAGGAGGCAGAGGAGCUGCUGUCAAAGUUUUUCCCAGAGAAGCUUGAACAGCUCCAGAUGUUACUGAAGACAUCUUUCAACUGCGAGGACCUGGCCUCCAUAAAGGCUCCGCUGGACAUCCCCAUACCAGAUCCAGCUAAAGAGGAGGCUAGGCGCAAGAAGAAGGAGGAGAAGGAGGCUAAGGAGGGAAAGAAGGACAAGGACAGUGAAAAAGAGGAGGAGGAUGCAGGACCUCCAUGUGGGCCCAUCUACAGCAACGAGCGAGUGGAGAGCCUCCUGAAGGAGGUCAAACCUGAGAUUCAGACUCUGAGGGAGAAGCUGAACACGGUGUCCAUGUGGGUGCAGCUCCAGAUCCCUAGAAUUGAAGAUGGUAAUAACUUUGGGGUGGCGGUGCAGGAGAAAGUGUUUGAGCUGCUGACCAACACACGCACCAAGAUCGAAGCAUUCCAGACUCAGAUUUCAAAGUAUUACAGUGAGAGGGGCGACGCUGUGGCCAAGGCCUCCAAACAGCCCCAUGUGGGAGACUACAGACAGCUGGUCCAUGAGCUGGACCAGUACCAGUACUGCGAGCUCCGCCUUGUGGUCUUGGACAUCCGCAACACCUACGCCGUGCUGUUCGACAUCAUCAACAAGAACUACGACAAGAUCAAGAAGCCCAGAGGAGACGGGAAAGCUCUCAUCUACUGAGACCAGAGACGUUUUUAACAAGCUGCAGCUACUGUUUCAUAACACUGAUCAAGUAACGACACCCUCAGUCUGACAGAAAGGCUCUCGUUUCCCCUCACAUUGCAUAAAUAAAGCUUCUCCACUCA